AUGACAUCGUACUUCAGCAGCAAGGGGCCAGCAAGGGCAUCUGCAAAAAGGGGAUGUUCUAGUCUUGCAGAUCUCAGCCUUGACCUCAAUGAUGAGGAUGCGCGAUCUCAGCUGCAAAAUUUGCCAGUGAAAAAUAAGGAAGCCAAGCAGGCGCUCUUUGCAAAGUAUGUCAGGGACUUUCCGAAGUGGCUCCUGCCUCUGAGGGAGGGCUACAGUCUGCUCUUCUAUGGGCUGGGCAGCAAGAGGGCUCUGCUGGAGAAGUUUGCCCAAAAGGAGCUGCUGGAUGGUGGUGUGGUGGUCUUCAAUGGCUUCAGGCCUACACUCAAACUCAGGGAGAUCCUCUCUACAGUGGCCGCCCACAUGACGGAUUGUGAGCGCAGGGGCGGCGAUAAUCACGCGAUCCUGGAGCAGAUACGCAGUGCGCCAGCGGACGGCGGGAUUUUGUACAUUGUCCUGCACAACAUCGAUGGCCCAGGACUGAGGGGGAGGGAGACGCAGGAGAUGCUGAGCGAGCUGUCGAGGUGUCCUGCGAUCCGGCUGGUGGCCUCAGUGGACCACGUCAACAGCUGCCUGCUGUGGGACAAGCGCACCGCUGCACAAUUCAAUUGGCUCCACUUUGACGUGACCACCUAUGCUCCCUACACAGUGGAGGCUCGCGAGAUGCCCUCUCUUCUGAUCGGCCGCAGGGAGACUGUGAGGAGCUCCAAUGCAGCCACAGUGCUACGAACGCUGGUGCCACAGGCGCGGGCCAUCUUUCGUCUGCUGGCUGAGCACCAGAUGGAGGAUAGAGAUGAGGGCGAAGAGGAAGGUCAGUCCACCCUGUUCCGGAUGAGCAGGGAGCGCUUGCUGGUGGCCAAUGAUGCAGCGCUCAGGGGACACCUCACAGAGUUCAAGGACCACGACCUGCUGCAGACCAGGCGCGGGCAAGAUGGCUCGGAUCUGCUCGUCAUACCGAUUGAGGCGCAGACACUCCUUCAAGUGCUGGAAGAUGUGGAUGCGCCGACAUGA